CCGCCUGUGAGAGCUCGAAGGUCGGUGUGGAUUUGACCAAGCGUCCGUUUAGCAGUCCUGGUUAACGCCCAUCUUGACUCGGUCGGCGCCCGCGAUUGGUUUAUUAGUGUUUAUCGCUGUACGCGGAUUGCUUCAACUAGUUGUCAAUCACGAAUACGCCCGGGAACAAGGAUCACCUGUUGCUCUGGCUGGUAGUAUCACGUAGGCGUCUCUCCCUUUGCAGUUCUAUCAAUAUUUAAUCUGACUUGAGUCACAAACUGCUUCUUUCUGUUGUGCUUGGUGAUUCACAUCUUUUAACGACAGCAUGGAGAGAUAGCUACAUCGCACACAGCUGUUUGUCAAUUCGUCAUUGUCGCUGUCAUUAUGUUUAAACACCAUUGGCACUUUCCACAAAAUGUCGUUCGUCAUUUGUUCAAAAAUGUGAAAAGACGCGUUUCCAAACGCGUUCCAUUGUCAACGUGGAAGCAGAAAGUGACACGAGAAUGAAGUAUGUAGACGUAAAACGGGUUAAAUGAGAUUGUUGCUGUUCGUGUAACCAAACACCAGUUAGCUUUAGUAGCAGGUAGCAAGAAAUGUCAGACUGCGUGUGUGUGCAAGAGAAAGCGUGUUUGUGUUUAAAAUGAUUGGCCAACAACCAGGAAGUGCACUGUUCAGCAGCUCGACAGCGCCCUCUCACCCAAAGCAAUGGCAUUUUGGUUCCAGGGGUUCUACAAGUUGUGCGCCACUCCCGCCCCUCCUGGCGCUCUGCGGCAGUUUGAGGCAGUGUGCUCAGCCAGCCUCCAGGCUGCAGUCCGCCGCCGUUUCGGAGCCACAGAAGCCGGACUCUUCCUCGUCACGAGGCGAGGUAUCCCCGCAGGAGGAACCAGAAUCAUGACGAUCAGCUUUGGACCGCUUGUGAAACUUCUCUGGUGUUUUGCGUUUUCACUUCCUCACGCGAUGCGCGCACAAGCAGUUCUCCCUCCAGAGUGCGCUCCGGGAGGCCACUCGGUGCUCCAGAACCCGUACCGCAGCACCACCUUCAGCUCCAGCUGGCUGCUGCAGUCGGCCCUGCGGGACUUCAUCUGUGACCACUCGCUGGUCCCCGGCUGGUACCAGUUCCAAAUGUUUGACAAGCCGGCCAGCAUGCCCACCCAGUGUGUGGAGGUGAACCACUGCGGGACCCAGGCCCCAGUGUGGCUGUCCCUGGGAGAGGGCGAGUCCCUGCCGGGCCCGCUGGAGCUCAGGCAGCUGACGGCCUGCGCCACGUGGCAGUUCUUCCCGAGCGGCAGCAAGGAAUGCUGCUUGUUCCGCAUCCCGGUGUCUGUCCGCAACUGCGGAGGCUUCUACGUUUACCUGCUGCAGCCCACACAGGGAUGCAUGGGCUACUGUGCACAAGAAAUGCCCGACACGUCACCCACAACAUCGCUGACCUGUGAUCCCGGGGGUGGAACAUGCACACCAACGUCUCCAGCCAAGCAGCCUCCCAAUCCGUCUGUGCCGGUCGUCGUCUCUGAGUGGGCAGGGGGCGCCGUCCACCUGAAGUGCAGCUUCAACAGCAGCUCCAACAGCUCUUUGGGCCACGUGGUGGCCUGGUCCCGCGCCUCAGCUCAGGGCGAGGCCAGGGAGGAGCUCAAGCGGGAGACCACCGUCCAGACGUGGGCCCUCAUCGAGCUGGACGGCUUCAACCUGUGUCUGGGAGACAAGAUUUACUGCUCCACCUUUAGUUUCUUCUUGGACUCUCCAGACGUCCGCAGUGCUUCGGUGGAAAGUCAGGAGUUCUUUGCCGGGAUUCGGCUGAGACCAAACGUGAGCAGCGUGUCCGAGGACGGAGAGGUGUACGAGCUGACGGUCGAGAGCACAGUUCCCGUCCCGUGCCUGGAAGUGUCGUCCUCUUCGGAGCAAUGCAGCGUCUCCCUGCAGCUCAGCACCAGCAGCCAAGGUGACGCAUGCCUUUGUAGCCUACUGGAUGAUCACAGCGUUCAAUACUUGACAGUUAUGACAUCUUACAGCACACUGAUUAGUGUGUGUUGUGGUGCAGAUGUGUCUCUGUCCUCCUGUGCGGUGGAUUUAGCUGGGGGCCCCUGCAGGGACGAAGUUUGCAGCCGGGCCGUUGUCCACUUCGCCGCCAUAACCGACUUUGUCAAAGACGGCGACAGGAUGUCUGAGAUCUCUGUCAGACCCGUCGUCACACAAAACUUUGUGUGGAACGGUUACGCCCCGGAACCUGUCCUGAUCAAAGUAAAGGACGUGCCUUCAGCUUACUGUUACGCCUUCACGGAUCCUCAUAUGGUUACAUUUGAUGGCAGGCACUACGAGAACUCCCAGCUGGGCACCUUUGUGCUGUACAGGAGCUCCCGCUGGCCGUUUGAGGUCCACGUCCGCCAGUGGGAGUGCGGCACCGGUGUGGCGCCGACGUCGUGCCCGUGCGGUUUGGUGGCGAGGGACGGCGGCGACGUCAUCGCCUUGGACAUGUGCGAUGGGAAAAUGGGGGAAACCGAGCCCCGCCUCUCUGUGAAGAAUCGAGACCUGAGCAAGAGCGGCGUUCGUGUCAGCGAGUCCUACCAAGGACGCAAAGUCACGUUAACUUUCUCGUCGGGAGCAUUCGUACGCGCUGAUGUGGCCGACUGGGGUAUGAGUCUGACUCUGAGAGCCCCUGGUUCAGACCGGGGCCACACCCACGGCCUGUGCGGGACCUACGACGGAGAACCGGACAACGACUUCCGCUCAUUGGCGGGGACCACACUGCAGGACCUGCAGGCUUUCAUCAGUGAUUGGAGGCUCCCCCCAGGAAGUAGCAUGUUCGACACCGUUCCGUCGUCAUCCUCAUCCUCUCCCAGCGCGCUCAGCCCUCGCGUGUUCUGCAACUGUCAAACGGAACCCCGCCUUACACCCCAGCGAAGUCGCCUUCCCCCCGUCACCACCUCACAGCGGGCCUGCUCUCGCCACGGCAACGUGCAGCUCCCCAGCGUCAUCCCGUCUCUGGACGUCACAGCCGAGUACAUCAGCUCGGUGGAGUUGCUCGGCGGGGAGGCAGAUGGAGGACAAGCACUGCCUCCUGGCCUCCUCAGCCCCCACAGGGAGCACGGAGGCGCUGGUGCUCGGAACGGGAGGCAGACCCACCAGCACGUCCCCAACUCCUCGCACCAAAGUCUCAGCCGGUCCGACCUGCAGAGCUUUGCUUACUUCUUCCCAGAAGACCACGAAGCAACAUCUCAUUUAGACCUAGCCCCCACGUGGCCGACACCCUCUGGGCUGACUGAGCAUGAGGCCAUGGCCAAGUGCCGGAACGCCGUCGCCAACUCGAGCACGGCGCUGGGCUGCAGACGCCUCCUUGACGACUCCAUAGUGAGCUCUGCGGUGGACAUGUGCGUCCGCGACCUCCAGCGGAAGGAUGAUCACUCGUGGCUGAACGCGACGUUGCCGCUGCUGGAGAAUGAGUGCGAGAGGCGGCUGGUAGAGGAGGGCACGAGGGGGCGAGACCACUGGGACAUCGUGGCCAUCCUCAAGUGUCCAAAUCUGUGCAAUGGCAAUGGACAAUGCUCCGAGUGGGGCUGCAUCUGCUUCCCUGGGUUUGGAUCCUACGACUGCGGUGCCUUGUCAGACCAGAUCCCAGAGAUCACACAACUGGAGAGGGCGGGUCUUUGUGACGUCCGACAGGGCGACUGCUCCACCGUCCACGUCUAUGGUCAAGGCUUCAAGGACACCCACAAGCUCAUGUGUGAGUUUGUUCAAGAAAAGUUGGUGGGAGGCGAGUGGCUUCUGGACGAGCCUCGGUUGGUCCCCGCCACCUUUGUGGACGUGACGGCGAUGGAGUGCCAGCUCCCUCUGGAGGUCAGCCGAGCUCCUGCAGGCGUGGAUGCGACGACGCCGUUCAACAGACCAUUGGCCCGCUGGCAGAUCAAAGUGUCCAACGAUGGCUACAGCUACAGUAACGCCAAAAUACUGACUCUGUAUGACGCAGCCUGUCAGAUCUGCAGCCUCCACACUGACGUCCUCUGCACCCUGCGGGAGAACACCUGCAGCAUCGACGGCCUCUGUUACAGCGAGGGCGAGUCUAAUCCCAGCAGUCCUUGCCUCACGUGUCGCCCUGACUCCUCCCAACACACUUGGACAAUGGCGGACGGAAAUGAGCCCCCGGUGCUGCAGUUGUCGCCCCCUGGCCUCUGGGCCUUCCAGGGAGAGGUCUUCACCUACCAGCUGCAGGCCCAGGACCCCGAGGGCUCAGCGGUGGUCUUCUCUCUCACAUCGGGCCCCGAGGGUGCGACGUUGUCUCCGGGCGGCCUCAUCAUCUGGAAAGUCAGGACCCGGCCGGCCGACACACACACGUUCAACUUCACUAUGAUGGACGACUGCAAUGCUGAGACGCCAGCCUCCGUGCAGGUGUCUGUGCGGCCCUGCGGGUGUGCCAACGGCGCCUCCUGCGUGACAAACGUCAACCUCCCCGCCGGCAGCGGCCAGUACGUGUGUGCUUGCCUCGACGGGUUCAAAGGCCAAAUGUGCGAGGUGGACAUUGACGACUGUAAGCCCAACCCCUGCAGGCUGGGCCGAUGUUUGGACGGCCCCAACUCCUUCACAUGCGUCUGCCCGCCUGGAAUGACAGGUCGCACAUGCAGAGAGGACAUCGAUGAGUGCGUGUCUCAGCCGUGUCCCCCAGAAGCGGGCUGCGCCAACACGCUCGGCUCCUUCUCCUGUGGAGUCUGCCCCCACGGCUACAGCGGCGAAGGGAGGGGCUGCACUCCCCUCAAGGCGGCGACGAGCACACCGGCGAGAGCGCCGCCCAUCCCGGUAAAACCCAGAGCCCACCUCCCUUCACCCUGCAGCCAACGGCCGUGCCACCCGGGGGUUCGGUGCUUUGAGAGCCCUCACGUGUCAGCGGGCUUCGUCUGCGGGCCCUGUCCUCCUGGUCUCCAUGGAAACGGACUGACCUGCACGCCACCAGGUCAGAGGUCGGCCAUCACUGGAGCUUUUCCCAACACCAAACUAAAUUCCAGCAAGGAAAUGACCCCCACUUCCCCCUCUUCAUCCCCCCCCUCGUUCCCCACCUCACCCAGAAGACCCCCCGAACGGAGGACAAGACCAGGUGCCGCCGUGAACGCCCGCAGAGGUUCCUCCUCCUCGGAGAGAAGCCCUGAAUCCGCCCUGGGAGGCUUCGCCCCCGCCUUCAACAGAGGCGGUGUGGUGCUGACCCCCGACCUCAGAGGGGGGUCACGUCAUCUGACCUGUGACGACUCUCCAUGCUUCCCGGGUGUCCGGUGUGAUCAGGACGGGCCAGGAUCCUUCAGCUGUGGCCGCUGUCCACACGGGUACACGGGGGACGGGGUCACAUGUCAAGCUGUAUGCAGGUUUCAGUGUGGGAGGAACAUGGAAUGCACGCGGCCCAACACGUGCACGUGCAAGGAGGGCUACACCGGCUACAGCUGCCACAUCGCCGUGUGCCGACCAGACUGCAGGAACCAGGGAAGGUGCGUGAGACCUAACGUGUGUCAAUGUCCUGUGGGCUACGGCGGGACGGCCUGUGAGGAAGCGAGCUGCGCGCCACCGUGCCAGCAUGGAGGCACGUGUCUUGCCAGGAACCUGUGCACCUGCCCGUACGGCUACGUGGGACCAAGAUGUGGAACCAUGGUGUGUAACAGGCACUGUGAAAAUGGCGGUGAGUGUGUUUCUCCUGACGUGUGCAAAUGCAAGCCGGGCUGGAACGGACCAACGUGCAACUCCGCCGAGUGUCAUCCGGUGUGUCUGAACGGAGGAACGUGCACCAAACCAAACGUCUGCGCUUGUCCCAGCGGCUUCUACGGCCCCCAGUGUCAGAUCGCCGUGUGCCGCCCGCCGUGCAAGAACGGGGGCCACUGCAUGAGGAACAACGUGUGUUCCUGUCCCGAAGGCCACACGGGGAAGCGAUGUCAAAAGAGCGUGUGCGAGCCCACGUGCAUGAACGGAGGGAAGUGCGUGGGGCCCGGCACGUGCUCGUGCACGUCAGGAUGGAGAGGCAAGCGCUGUGACAUACCCGCCUGCCUGCAAAAGUGCAAAAACGGCGGCGAGUGCGUGGGGCCCAACACCUGCCACUGUCCCGUGGGGUGGGAAGGUCUGCAGUGUCAAACACCCGUGUGCAAGCAGCGCUGCCUGAACAGGGGGAGGUGCGUGCUGCCCGACUACUGCCACUGUCGGAAAGGCUACAAGGGUCUCACCUGCGCCGUUCAGGUGUGCCCUGCUGUUGGCUGGGAUAGGCUCCAGCAUACCCCCGUGACCUUGGUGAGGAUAAGCGGCAUAGAAGAUGGAUGGAUGGAUGAGGGUACAAUGUGUGAAAAAGCAAGUACUGUCAUUUGUUCUGACUAACAUGUUAGGAAAAAUGCACAUUCAAGUUGUUCAUGUCCAGUAUUUCUCAUGUCUUAUUAGGAUUAAAAUGCCAAAAAAGUCAUCAGUAUUGUAUCGAGGAAAACAAAAAGGAAUCAGCAUCGCUAUCGGAAAAAAAUGCCAAAAAAGUAAUCAGGAUGAGAAUUGGGAAAAAAGCCAAACAAGUAAUCAGUAUUGUAUAAAAAACACAAACAACCGGUGGCACGGCCAUCACCAGCGUGACGUACGUGAACACCAGCCAGCUUUGACCGACCAAUCAUCUUAUUCUUAUUCAUUGUGAAAAAUAUGGAAAAUGUGUUCUUUUCAAGCGGCGGGAGCGGUGUUCUUAGAUUUCUUGGUUGGAAUAAAAUGGAGGCAGUUGCAUACAGUCCCUUUUUACCGUAAAAUGCCAAAAAAGGGAGCGCUUGCAAGACAGCCAGACCUGUAGGGGGCAGUAGCGUGCAGGCGUGUAUGCAACACAUGGAUUUGCUGUAGAAAGCGAUGCAGGGAUGUCUUGAACC